AUGGUUCUUACACUUUCCUUGUUCUCUAGGUGGCCUGUGCUUGAAGGUGAUAAUUGGUGGCGAGGUCACUCAGCAGCCUUCUUGAAAUAUCUUAACUUAUCUCCCGAUGUACUUCGGAGAGGGCGUGUUAAUCAGGCUAAAUGUGAAGCAGCAUACUUCAUUGUCGUUCUACAUCAUCUAAAGUCUGUUGUCAUUGCUGUACGAGGAACUGAGACUCCUGAAGAUCUCAUAACGGAUGGUUUAGGCAGGGAAUGCAAUCUCACUGCAGAAGAUCUGGAUGGGUUUAUAAAGUAA